GUUAAUGUUCAGAACUUUAUAAAACAUCUAUGUGGAUUAUAGCACAUUGUAAUGUAUUUAUUCCAGACAUAUUUUGUUGAAGGCUUUGGCUGUUAAUUUCAUACCGCUUUGUCCUCUUUCAAUGUGAAGUUCAUUUAAGGCUAAAAUGGGCAACAUGUUGCUACUUUAAGUUGCAUAUUCUAUAGAGUCUUGGUCCUACAGAGCUGUUUUACAUGGAGCAGAGUAUGACUCAUGCUAAUGGAAAGGGCAAAGAAGAGUUUUUAAAAGAAAUAUAUUACACUUAAAUUAGUUUAGACAGCAUGACAUCAGAGAGUAAUUAAAUAGGUUUUUGUUGGAAUUCCGCUUCCAAUUCCUGAGUUCAGGUUUGUAAAAGAUUUCUGAGCACCUGCAGGUUUCUGUGUGUGAAAUAUUUUCACUGGAAGGGAUUCAAAACUUUUUAAAAAACCUUUUAACACAGAGGCAGCAUUACGCCAUUCUUCCUUCUUGGAAAAAAAAACCCUCUCCGAUUUAAACAAGAGUCCUUCAAGUUUUUAGUCACUUUUACAGAAGAAAGGGGGGUGGUAAACUUUCUCUUUUCAAGAACAAGCUGCUAGCUGAAAUCAGGAGAAGACUGAGUUGGAAAAUUAGCAUUUCCACUAUGGGACUGGAUACAAGUAUACAAGUAGAUUUAAAGUGUUUCAAAAUAAAACUCUCUCUGCUGACUUUGUUUUUUAAUUUCUUUCAUGUUUUCUUAUGCCAAACUGGAGGAACCUUUUCUGAUUUUUUCUUUGGUGGCAUUCAAAGGAAGACCAGAGGAUGAAAAUCCUGCACUUUCUUACUUUACUGCUUUGGCACUUUACUUGGUUUUACCCUGCUUUCUUUUUCUCAGUAUUGAGUCCUGUUGAAGCAAGUCAAGGUAAUCGAGGAUCCAAAUUAGGAUUGUCAAAAGUAGAUGGAAAAGAAAGGAAUCCUGUGCCAAGGGCAGGUACCCUUAGAACGGGAAGCCAUGGAUAUAGUGCUGGGAAUGGAAAACCAAGGACAAAAAGCAAUAGUGCUCAAGCUGGACCUCCCUUGGCAAAGAUUGAUGACUCAAAGAAGACUCUCCCUAGAGCAGGGAGCACAGACAAAAAGGUAGGACAAUCUACACAGAGACAAUCAGGAAUAAGGACUGUGACCCCAAAGGUUCAGAACUUGGGCAAGGGCCCAUUGAAGAAACCAGGCACAGGGAAUGCAGAUGCCAUUUCCUACAAAGCCAAAAAGACUAAAGAACCCAUUGUUCAAAGGGAUUCUAAGGAUGCAUUCAGACAUCCUGCUAUCACACCGCAUGAGUACAUGCUCUCCUUAUACAGGACUCUUUCUGAUGCAGAACGGAAAGGCGUUAACGGAAGUGUCAAACUGGAAACAGGACUAGCAAACACAAUCACAAGUUUCAUAGACAAAGGGCAAGAUGAUCGAACUUCAGCUGUUAAAAAGCAGAAAUACAUUUUUGACAUCAGUGCAUUAGAAAAAGAUGGCUUACUAGGGGCUGAACUGCGCAUUUUAAGGAAAAAGCCUUCUGACACUUGGAAGUCACAUUCUCAUGGGAAAACCUGUCAAGUGAAAUUAUUCAGUUGCUCCACAAGCAGACAAGCUUCAAUCCUCUUGGACUCUCGGACAGUCAAUAUAAUAGAUGCAGCAAAAUGGGAAGUGUUUGACAUUUGGAAACUGUUUAGGAAUUUUAAAAACUCUGCUAACUUGUGUUUUGAACUGGAGGCUUUUGAAAGGGGGAGGCCUAUUGAUUUAAGGACUGUGGGGUUCAAUAGAACAGGGAGGCAAGUCAAUGAAAAGGCUCUCUUCUUAGUAUUUGGUAGGACAAAGAAAAGAGACUUAUUCUUCAAUGAAAUAAAGGCCAGGUCUGGCCAGGAUGACAAAACAGUAUAUGAAUACCUAUUCAAUCAAAGAAGAAAGAGACGGGCUCCUUUAGCAACUCGACAAGGCAAGAGGCCCAACAAAAACCUAAAGGCCAGGUGUAGUAAAAAAGCGCUCCAUGUAAAUUUUAAGGAUAUGGGCUGGGAUGACUGGAUAAUAGCCCCACUGGAGUACGAAGCUUAUCAUUGUGAAGGACUUUGUGAAUUUCCUCUUCGGUCUCAUUUGGAACCCACCAACCAUGCUGUUAUCCAAACGUUAAUGAACUCUAUGGACCCAGAGUCAACUCCGCCAACUUGCUGUGUUCCAACAAGGCUGAGUCCUAUUAGCAUUCUGUUUAUUGACUCUGCUAAUAAUGUAGUCUACAAACAGUAUGAGGACAUGGUAGUGGAGUCAUGUGGCUGUAGGUAGCAGCACAGUCUCACAGUCCUCACUGAUAAAAAGACAACUGGUAUUUCUACAUAAGCACUAUGACAUCACACUGAGUGCUGACGAUAGUGGCAUCAUAAUAUUGGCAAGUA